AUGAAGCUCGCAUUCGUGCUUACCAGCUGCAGUACGGCCUUAGCUUCGACUUAUCCAAGGGUUUACUAUGCAAAUACCAGCACCGUGAAGCAGUCUGCGACCAGUUAUAGAGAAUUAACAAGUUUGGUGCUGAGUUCUACACACUCCGAUGGUUUAGUGUCAACUUUCGUUUCGGAGGCCUUUGUUUCUUUAACAACGUUGACAACGAAUGAUGUUGUCACGGUGGUAACGACGUGGUGUCCUCUUGGAUCUGAAGUAGUGAAUUCUCAACUGAGUUCUUAUUCCGAAGAAUCACGCGCCUCGUCGAGUAACUUAAACGCCCCCACUACUACAUCGCCAACAUCUGUCUUCAUAGACAUGAGUGGUACAACAGAGACAAUCCAAAAAAGCCAAAUUCACACAAAAGAGAUAACUACCUGCCCUACGUGCUCUGUUCGCCCUACCUCAGCGAGCACAGUGCCUGAAUCUACUGAUAUUGCGUCAUCUUCAGUGGCUUCAUCGAUCUCACACUCGAAGGAUUUAGUCAGCCAAGCAGGUUCGAGCCUUUCUUCCUCGGCUAAGUCGUCUUCCGCUCGCAUGCCUUCGAUUACAACUAGUGGAGAAAUAGGAACGAGUGCUGUCGAUACUGGGAACUUGUCUCCCAGUUCAAGUUCUAAUUCUUAUCAAUCUGGAUCCUCAAGUACCGAAACACAUGCGACUACCUCCCAAAAUACUCUUUCAUCGGUAUCUGGUCUAUCUAAAAGUGCUUAUUCCCCAGGUUUAUCCUCUUUUGACGUACGGCCUGUUCUUACAACAGAAACUGUGGAUGGUAAAACUACGGUAUACACAACUUGGUGUCCUUUAACUUCCCACUCGAUUAGUUCUCUGUAUUCUGUUGUCACUAGUGACAAUCCUUCCUCACCUAGUAGCGUGAGAAUCGCUUCUUCAGAAUCUCAGGUAUCCGAUGAGAACGAACAUGAGUCUGAUUUUUCAACACAGGCAAGUUCCUUGCAGGAGCAUGGGUAUUCCUCAUACUCAAUGGUUACUAUUACAUCAACCUCACUUCGGACUGUUGUUUACUCUACGGAAUUAUGUUCGUCACGGCGUUGUUCACCUUCCUUAACAUCAGUUUUGGAAUCAAUCGUCUUCACUACCUCUGUGCAUCCCACUGGCUUGGGAUCAUCAAGCGAAAGAUCCAGAAAUACUUACAGCAAUUCGAAAACUGAUAGCAUCUUAAAAGGUCAACUUUGCUCUCUCACUAGCUGUCAAGAAACAAGCACCUCGGACACCAGCGGAACAGGCUCCAGCUCGAAGCCGACAUCUGUGUCUCAAUCAGCCACCAGUGAGGCGGCAGAAAGUUCAAAGUCGUUAUCAGAGGGCUACCAAUCUUCUGUUUCUAGUAAAUCUUUUGCUACCUCGCAAAGUUGUGUUUCAUGUGCUAGUCAACGCAAUUAUUAUACAACUGAGAGCGAAACAUAUCUUUCUGAAAAGGCCAGCUUGACUUCUGCUGAGUCUUCGCAGAAACUAUCGCUAUCGAGUUUUUCAUCAGUUCCUGAUUCCUCUGUUUCAUCGAGCUUGUUGUCAACAUAUUCAAUUGUUACAACUACUUCAAACGGUGUUGUGACCGUUUACACGACGUGGUGUCCUUUAUCAAAUUUGAAAUCGAGCAGUAAUAAUGGGCUCGUCUCGAGCUCUCUGGCAUUGAAGAUUGUUUCGACAGAGCAGUCCGGGACUAAAAAGCUCUCUUCCACUCAGCAAUACCGCUCACUUUCAAAAACGGCUUCAAGCUUCAUGACUUUAGGUUCUGGUGCUUUGACUUUUUCCACCCCUUCGGUGACAAACUCAAAGCCCAUUUCCGGCUCUACCCUUGCUUCUUCAACGCAACGCCCCAGUGUGGAAACUCAUAAUUUUAUCCAAAGAAGCAGCUUUUCAGCCUCUCAUUUUUCUUCGCUAGUAGCUACCAGUCACGGCAUAUCUGGUUCUAUUGACACUGUCCAGUCGGGCUCAUCGACUAGUUUGUCUACUUCCUCCGCAAUUUCAACGGAACACCUUUCAAAUACUCGCUACUCUUCCAUAUCAGAAGGAUCUAAUUCGCAACUUCAGAAAACAUCAACAGGCUCAUUGAUUUCGGUGCUUUCCUCAUCUUCUCGAUCUGUGCCUGUUGUUUCGACAGCCAAUUCCAAGAAUGAAGAGACAUCAUGUACACAAUGUCAGACUUCGAGUCAUACAAGCUUUAGUACUGAAAUUUCUUCCAUUGUGUCACUAAGUGUUCCAUCUCAAAGUCAAGACCUGAAAACCUCUGCCCGCUCAAGCACAUCCCUUAAAAGUUCGGUAACAUAUACUUCUAAGGUUAUCACCACAACGAGCAGCGGCAUACGAACAGUGUAUACAACAUAUUGCCCAUGGACCUCUUCAGCCUCUCAAGAAUCACAAAACUCUGAAAAACAAAAAUCAUCUGCAGCAAGCUCUUCAGCAAGCUCUCCAGCAAGCUCUCCAGCAAGCUCUUCAGCAAGCUCUCAGCAGGAGCUUUCUUCAUCGGUAGCAAGCACCUCAGAGUCUCAAAAACAUCAGACAUCAUCCUCACUGGAUUCAGAGCCUCAAAGAUCUUCAAAAGCUACAAUUCAAUCGGUGGGCUCGCAAGCCUCCUCGUCUAAGACCUGGACCUCGAAGGUUGUAACAACGACAGAAGGGGGGGUCACUACCAUUUACACAACCUGGUGCCCGCAGGAAGAUUUACAAUCUUCUGGUACUGUUGCAGCAGUUUCGCCCUCAACCUCGCAACAGAAGUCCUCUUCAUUGGUAACAACCACCUCAGAGUCCCAAACGCAUGAAACACCAUCCUCACUGGAUUCAGAGUCUCAACGAUCUUCAAAAGCUACGAUUCAAUCGGUGGGCUCGCAAGCCUCCUCGUCUAAGACCUGGACCUCGAAGGUUGUAACAACGACAGAAGGGGGGGUCACUACCAUUUACACGACCUGGUGUCCGUUGGAGGACUUGCAUUCUGGAACUGUUGCGGCAGCUUCGCUGCCAUCUAAAUUUACGGAUUCAACAUACAUUAGUAGCACUUCUUCCCCAAGCGGUCUCUCUUCCGUUCCAUCGAUUAAUGAAGGUAAGACGGCAAGCAGUGCUUUGAAGUCAAGUGAAAUAGCUAAGACGCUUUCUGAUAGCUCAGCCAAAGAGUUGACGUUGUACGGCACUUCAAGUUCAAUGAAAGCAAGUGAAGCUGGAAGCUCGGAUAGCAUGUCCUCGACAAUUGUUCCACGCAUGUCCACUGCAGAAAGUUCCGCAAUAAUCCAAAGCACUCAAGACGCUUCCAAAAAGAGUUCUAAGGGUACGGUUACUACUGGCAGGCCCUCAACUUCAAACGUGGAGAGGUCCCCCAGUACAACGCUAGGCACGACAGAAUCGCUUGUAAGCUCGUCUCAUACGUUCUCUUCUACGAAAACCCCCGCUGUUAGUCCGCAUUCUUCCGCCAUCAUCAGUUCCAAGGCUACGACAUACAGUUCUUCCUUCACCAUCUCUGUCACCACUGUGCUGCCAUUUACCAAGACGUCUACUGGGGAUAACGGGCAGCUUUUUACGGUCGUGAGUUCUCAACCCAGCACUAUACCAACAGUUACUACUGUUUUAGUCAAAACUCGGGUUCCAGUUACUACCUAUUCCCAAGUAAGUAUCACUGAAAGUGCCUCACAGCAGGCCACAAGGAAAUCGUCAACAGAGGACACGACAUCUUCAUGGGCAAUAGCUUCCACCGUUUCAACUUAUGAAGGCAGCGCCGCUUCUACCAGGAGGUUUGAUAGGAUCCUGAAAGUUGCAACAGCUCUACUAUUGACUUUUAUCAUGUAA